CGUUGCAAACGGCGUGGAUAAUUUUGACAACUGACUCAACUGAUUGUACUGUUCGUUGUUCUUUAUCAAAAGUUUGUUUGCUUCAAUAUCUAAGUAACUGGGUACAAAACAAAUAAUUAUUGAUAUUCUGGAAAUUACGACUUCACAGUUCAUGAUUUUACUAGGAAUUUUAAAAAGGUUUUCGGAUAAAAAAUAAUUUGAUUGUGACAAAUUCGUUAAUUCGCUUUUAUACGAAGUAGUGUAAUCAUACCCCAAAAUUUAAGCAGUAAACACCAUGUCGGUGGCGACAUUGUGAUGUCAGCAGCAGCGGAGACUCUCCCCGCGUCCAGCGCUCGACCACACACUCCCGAAGUGCCUCUGCCUGCACCAUCGACACAAUGUCAUGUUGGCAAACAUACUGUGCAUUGGUUCCGGAAGGGUUUGCGACUUCACGACAAUCCUGCUUUGAGGGAAGGGCUCAAUGGUGCAAUCACGUUUCGAUGCGUUUUCAUAAUAGAUCCCUGGUUUGCUAGUUCUUCUAAUGUAGGCAUAAAUAAAUGGAGGUUCCUCUUACAAUGCUUGGAAGAUCUCGAUAAUAGUUUAAGGAAACUUAAUUCUCGCCUAUUUGUGGUUCGUGGACAGCCUGCAGAUGCUUUACCAAAGUUAUUCAAAGAGUGGGGUACUACAGCUCUCACUUUCGAAGAAGAUCCUGAACCAUAUGGCCGUGUUCGUGAUCAUAAUAUUAUGACAAAAUGUCGAGAAGUCGGCAUUACAGUUAUAUCUCGCGUAUCACAUACACUCUAUAAAUUAGACAAAAUCAUUGAGAGAAAUGGCGGGAAAGCACCUUUGACAUAUCAUCAAUUCCAAGCUUUAAUAGCUAGUAUGCCUCCACCUCCACCAGCGGAGGCUGCAAUUACUGCACAAAUGUUAAAUGGAGCUACGACGCCAGUUGCAGACGAUCAUGAUGAUCGCUUUGGUGUUCCUACUCUUGAAGAACUCGGUUUUGAGACAGAAGGUCUGAAACCAGCCGUGUGGCUGGGCGGAGAAAGUGAAGCAUUAGUGAGAUUAGAAAGACAUCUGGAAAGAAAAGCUUGGGUAGCAUCAUUUGGGCGACCUAAAAUGACUCCACAAUCAUUAUUAGCUAGUCAAACUGGCUUAUCGCCUUAUUUAAGGUUUGGAUGCUUAUCGACAAGACUGUUUUACUAUCAGUUAACUGAAUUAUACAAAAGAGUGAAACAAGUAUGUCCUCCGCUGUCAUUACAUGGUCAGAUUCUUUGGAGGGAGUUUUUCUACUGUGCUGCUACUCGGAAUCCGAAUUUUGAUCGUAUGGAGGGCAAUCCCAUAUGUGUGCAAAUACCUUGGGAAAAAAAUCAUGAAGCUCUUGCCAAAUGGGCGAGCGGUCAAACUGGAUUUCCUUGGAUUGACGCUAUAAUGAUUCAAUUGAGAGAGGAGGGUUGGAUUCACCAUUUGGCACGACAUGCUGUCGCUUGUUUUCUUACUAGGGGUGAUUUAUGGAUUUCAUGGGAAGAAGGCAUGAAGGUAUUUGACGAACUAUUACUUGAUGCUGACUGGUCAGUCAAUGCUGGCAUGUGGAUGUGGCUUUCCUGUUCCUCAUUCUUUCAACAGUUUUUCCACUGUUAUUGCCCUGUUCGGUUUGGGCGUAAGACUGAUCCUAAUGGCGAUUUCAUCCGGAGAUACAUCCCAGCCUUGAAAAAUAUGCCGACUCGGUACAUACAUGAACCAUGGAUGGCUCCAGAAUCCGUACAGCAAGCUGCUCGCUGCACCAUAGGCCGCGACUACCCAUUGCCAAUGGUAAACCACGAGAAGGUCUCACAAAUCAAUAUAGAACGGAUUAAAUUAGUUUAUUCACAGUUAGCGAAGUAUAAACCGCAAGCAACACUAAAUUCUCAAGCACUGCAGAGGCCAAAUGUGAUGCAAUCGUCUCCCAGUCCAACAUCUAUAAUCACGAGUAUAAAUCAAUCCAACUACUUGUGCAGUCAAACGCCAGACCCACAAAAUACAGGGUCUCAAGCGGUACCCUAUAAAGAAACAGCAACUCACGUAUUUCAACAACCCAGCAAACACAUUUCACGAGCCGAAUCUAAACAACAAUUCAAACAAGUGGUAAUUGUUCAACAAAAAUCCAAUGUUACUCCUGAGACCAUCAUAAAGAGAUCACAAUUGUCAUCAGAAAAUUACAUUAAUGAUGGACAGCUAAACGUUACAUAUAAAACUAAUCAGAAGAUUGACACAUUACAGACUACACAAGAAAAUUAUAACUUCAAAAAUCUUGCUAUAAAUAAUUAUAAUCAAGAGUAUUUUAAUCGAGAAAUUUAUCAAAACCAACAAAUGAACGGAAACGAAGUCUGCCAAGAUGCAUUAAAGAAUAGCAAUUAUGUUUAUGUAAAACCUAAAUUUUAUCUUACUUCUACUGAUAAUGGUGUGGUACGUAAUGAUACAAGUCAAAGUUUUGUCUCUACAGCAUCUACUAAGAACUACACAGUAGAUGAAAAAUCUGUCGGUGAGAAGCCAAGUGAUAGUUCGUGUUUACCGGAAAUAAAUUCUGAUAAAGUAUUUGCAGUUACAGAAGAUGAAACUAAUACCUCGGCAAACAACAUUACACCAUGAUACAGCAAGUACAUGGUCUCCGUUCUAUGAAACAUUCAAUAUGAUCAAAAAUUUAUCGUUGCAAAUGAAUAUAACUGUGAUCAUAAAUUGGUCUAAAUAAAACUUAAUAUUGUAGAUAUAAUUAUUUUGUUUGAUAGAUACAAAUAUUGUAACAAAUUAAUAAAUAAUGAAAUGGCGCUGAAAAAAGGUCUACUGGA